UGGAUCAAGAAACUCCCCACGGCCCAGGGGAUAAAGGGAUGGUCGUAUACACCUAACAAGGAGCUCGUGCUGCCAGACCGGCUCGGAGUCUCAAUAUUAGAGCGCAUGCAUCGGUCUACUCACAUGGGGGCCCGAAAAUUAAAAGACUUAAUCCGACAUGCCGGAAUCAAGAUUCACCAACAGGACACCAAAAUAGAGCAAGUUGUAUCUGCCUGCAAGACCUGCCAACUCACCAAUGCGAGAGCCACGUCAAAUAAAAAAGGAACCAGGCUCAGAGGCACCAGACCGGAAGUCCAAUGGGAAGUCGACUUCACUGAAGUCAAACCAGGAAAGUAUGGUUAUAAAUAUCUUUUAGUAUUUACAGACACCUUCUCUGGCUGGGUGGAGGCAUACCCAACCAAGCAUGAAACGGCUCAGACGGUGGCUAAGAAGCUACUAGAAGACAUCUUACCCGGGUCUGGUUUUCCUGCCAUGGUAGGAUCAGACAAUGGACCAGCUUUUAUCUCGCAGGUAACACAGGCAGUAGCCAAGGCGGUGGGGGCAAACUGGAAAUUACCUUGUGCUUAUAGGCCCCAGAGCUCAGGACAGGUAGACAGAAUGAAUAGAACCCUAAAAGAGACCCUUACCAAAUUAACCAUGGAGACUGGCGGGGACUGGGUGACUCUCCUACCGUACGCCCUUUACUGGGUUAGAAACACUCCUUACACUCUGGGUUUUACUCCUUACGAGAUCAUGUUUGGCAGGCCACCCCUGUUAUUCCCAACCUUCGCUGAACUUCUUGCUGAGUUUAAAGAUCAAGAACUUUUUCUUUCCUUGAGUGGGCUCCAGAGGGCGCACGAGGACAUUUGGCUGCGCCUCCGUGCCAUCUACGAGGCUGGGCCGAUCCUGACACCUCAUCAAUACAGGCCGGGAGACUGGGUCUACGUCAAGAGGCACCACCGAGAGACUCUCGAGCCGCGCUGGAAGGGACCCUACGUCGUGGUGUUGACAACCCCCACCGCUCUCAAGGUAGACGGCAUCGCGACCUGGGUCCAUCACACCCACGCUCGGCCAGCGGACCCCUCCUCGAUCCGGAAGGACGUUGUCAUGCGAUGGGCCAUCAGUCGGGACCAACACAACCCGCUCAAGCUCAAGCUACAGCGCAUUCGACCCACCUAAUAUUGGUAACUCUGUUAACUCUGCCUGUCAUUGCUCAUGCUGCCGGGAGUCCCCACGCCCCCCAAAAUGUCACCUGGCAGAUCAUAGACACCAGCUCGGGGACAAUACUUAAUCAGACGUCCCAGAGCCACCCCAGGGACACUUGGUUCCCAGAACUUUGCGUACACCUCCAAACUCUGUUCCCCUUGUCACCAUAAAUGCAGCCGGUCCCAUGAUUGGGUCCCUAAGCUACAUGACAAGGGGGGAAUGAAAGGGCGGGCCUACACCGGCCGACUCCAUCUUGUUCUGUGUCCUUCACCUUGACCACACCUCCUCCCCUUGAGUAACCCCCCCCUCACCUGCCUAACAGGACUCGGACCCUUCCCCAGGACCCUUCCCCAGCCAAUCGGCUGAGGCCAUAGCCGUUACCUCACCAACUGCCCCUA